AUGGAACAUGGCUCAGUUAUCUUCUUUUUCUUUGCUUGUGUCCUAACGUUUCUUCCAUUUCAUGCUUUAGCUCAGGUAGAUACCUAUGAGUUUCCUCCAGUUUUCAACUGUGUAGGUCAAGGCAACUACACGGCCAACAGCACUUUUGCCGGAAACCUCAACCGCCUUGUCUCCUCUCUCUCCUCACUAACACCAAAACCUUUUGGCUUCUACAACCUCUCUUCUGGAGGCUCAUCUGGAGAAAGCGCUUAUGCAAUUGGUCUGUGUAGAAGAGAAGUCACAAGAGCUAAUUGUCUCAGCUGUAUUCAGACAGCUGCAAGAAACCUCACCGAGCAGUGUCCACGGGCAAAACAAGCUAUUGUGUGGUACACACACUGUAUGCUUCGUUACUCGAACAGCACAAUCUAUGGAAGAAAAGAGACGAGCCCGACUCAUGCUUUUAUUGGGGGUGAAAAGAUAUCAACAAACAGACGUGACUAUGAGCGCGUGCAGAGAAUACUAUUGGAUAGGCAAAGAGGGAUUGCGGCGGCUGGUGGGCCGAAUAGGAAAUAUGCUCAAGGGAAGGCGUUCCCGACAUACUACGCAAGUGCGCACUGUACACCAGAUUUGUCUGAAAAGGAUUGUAAUGACUGUCUAGUUUAUGGGUUUGAGCAAAUCCCAACUUGUUGUAAUGAUAGGGAAGGUCUUAGGUGGUUUUGUCCUAGUUGUAACUUUCGGUUUGAGAUGGGGCAAUUCUAUGAUCUUGAAGCCGACCUAGAGCCUGAUCCACCUGCAAUUCAGCCUGUUGAUUCACCAACAUCAGCUGCAAGAAUGGAGAAAACAGGAAAGGGUAACGGUGGAUCUAAAGUCGUAAUCGCGAUAGUCAUUCCUAUAGUUCUUGUUGCGUUAUUUGCAAUCUGUCUAUGCUUGGUCUUCAAGUGGAAGAAGAAGAUUUCUGUUCUUGGGACGGGAUCAAAUUCCGAGAUUCAGACAGAUUCGCUGCUAGUUGACUUUGAAACUCUAAAGGCAGCAACAGAUAACUUUUCUCCCGAAAACGAACUCGGACGUGGUGGGUUUGGUUCAGUUUAUAAGGGUGUGUUCUCUCAUGGGCAAGAAAUCGCAGUGAAAAGAUUAUCGGGUAAUUCUGGACAAGGAGACAUCGAAUUCAAGAACGAAAUCUUACUACUUGCAAAGCUUCAACAUAGGAACUUGGUUAGGCUUUUAGGUUUCUGCAUACAAGGUCAAGAGAGACUCCUUGUCUAUGAGUUCAUCAAGAACGCUAGUCUUGACCAUUUUAUCUUCGAUCUUGAGAAGCGCCAAAAAUUGGAUUGGACAGUGCGAUACAACAUGAUCAGAGGAGUUGCUAAAGGACUACUUUAUCUUCAUGAAGACUCUCGGUACCGGAUUAUUCACCGUGAUCUUAAAGCUAGCAACAUUCUUUUGGACCAAGAAAUGAAUCCGAAAAUUGCAGAUUUUGGAUUAGCUAAACUCUUUGACACAAGCCAAACAACUACACAUCGAUUCACAAACAAAAUUGCAGGAACUUACGGAUAUAUGGCUCCAGAAUACGCAAUGCACGGAAAAUUCUCUGUGAAAACAGACGUGUUUAGCUUUGGUGUGUUAGUCAUUGAGAUCAUUACUGGUAAAAGAAACAACAAUGGUGGGUCUAAUCAUGAUGAAGAUGCAGAAGAUCUUCUUACUUGGGUAUGGAGAAGCUGGAGAGAAAACAGUAUACUAAGCGUGAUCGAUCCGAGUUUAACUAGGGGAUCAAGACACGAGAUCUUGAGAUGCAUACACAUCGGUCUCUUGUGUGUUCAAGAGAGUGCAGCCACUAGACCAACCAUGGCUACGGUUGCUGUCAUGCUAAGUAGCAAUUCGUUUACUCUCCCGACACCUUCGAGGCCUGCGUUUGUGUUAGAGAGUGUAAUGCCUUCAAAUGUUUCUUCUUCGACGGAAGUGUUAACAAUGUCGUCGAAUGAUGUUACUGUUUCUGAGUUAUCUCCUCGUUAG